GGGGUCAACCAUGUCAAGAUUGGAGGUGUCGUUUGCGAUGAGCCAAAUUCCAAGGAGCUUCUAGCUUUCAAUCUAGGCGUUGAAUACGUGAACAGUGACACAUCAUUGCUGCCUAACACAAUUCUUGAUGCGGUAGUAAACAAAACCCACUGGACUGAUUCUUUCUCUAAUGUAAAUGCAGUGUAUGAACAGAUUCACAGCGGUGUUGUGGCUAUUAUUGGACCGUCUACUUCAUCUUCGGUGAAGGCAAGUCAUCCCCUGUGUUCUGGAUUUCGCAUCCCUCAGAUUGCGCCUUAUGCUACAGAUCCUUCUUUUGACUUCUCUCCACUGUCCUACCGCUAUUUGGUUCGCAUGAGUGCUAGUGAUGCGACUGAAAAUCGCGCACUGGCAGACAUUAUAUCACAUUUCAACUGGACACGCAUAGCACUGUUGACUUCCAGAAGUGAUUACGGACUGAACGGGCUGGUCGUCUUGAAAGACAUUGCUUCUCACAAGGGAUGGACAUUGGUAGCUGUAGAGAGCUUUCAAGAGCAUAAAAAUCUAUCCUUGGUUAAUGCCACAACACAGCUACUUCACAUUAGAAGUCGUGGUGCCAGGAUCGUUGUGUUAAAUUGCAUAGCCGCACAAGUUUCCGUGAUAUUACGACAAGCUAACAAUCUUGGCAUGACUGACGGAUGGGUUUGGUUAGUAACAAAUGGCGCUUUUGCAUUUGAUGGGCUUUUUGAAAGUGAAGGACAUAUACCACAAUAUCUUCAAGGUAUUGUUGGUGUGAGGCAUUCUUUCGGACAAGGUAAAGAGCACAGUAAUUUUGACAGUAUGUGGAAGAGCAAGGGAUAUGACACAAGCCUUCUUGACAACGAUGCAACAGUGGGUCACACGUUUGAUUCAGUGUUGGUGCUGGCACAGGCUAUUCAUCAUAUGUUGAUAGAUGGAUACAACAUCACCAAUACCGAGGGUUUGCAGUUUAGCGCUCACAGUGAAAGUGGUUUUAACGCUUUCAGCCCAGUUGGAGAGGCUUUGUUAAAAUACAUUUCAAAUGUCAAUUCUUCUGGUGUAAUGGGUCCUUUAAACUUCAAUACAAAUCUAUCUCCAAUUAAUGCGAUGUUUGACAUCGUAAAUCUGCGUUCGUUUGGUUUCGAGAAGGUAGGCACGUGGAAUGAUGUUGACGGGCUAGUUAUGGAAGAGAAAAGAGAAAUACUUUGGCCUUCUGGAAAAACAACUGUUCCAGUAGACACAUCUUUAACUAUGGAAAAUCAAACCUUGACAAUAGUUACAAUUGAAGAGGCUCCUUUCAUCAUUAGAAAAGUCUCCCCUACUGACAAUGGAAAAUACACACUGAUGGGCUAUUGCAUCGAUCUUAUUGAAAAACUACAAGAAAAGUUAAAAUUUUCUUACGAUGUUUAUCUGGUACCGGAUGGCAACUUUGGUUCCCAGGAUCCAAUUUCCAAGGAAUGGAACGGAAUGGUAAAAGAGAUAUUGCAAGGACGAGCGCAGAUGAUAGUUGCUUCUUUCACGAUCAGCUCAGAACGUCAAAAAGUCCUCGACUUUACGCAGCCUUUUAUGGAUCUUGGGUUGACUGUUCUAAUCAAGUCUAUAAAUGAUGACGUAGAUUUCUUUGCAUUUUUCAAACCAUUCCAACGAGAUCUAUGGCUCAUGAUUGCGCUUACUACGUUUCUGAUAGGUGUUUUACUUUGGUUCUUUAGCACAUUCAGUCCUUUUGGAUUUUACGGAAGAUGUGUGCAGAUAGCCCAUCACAAAGUACCAAGAGAGAACCUCAAGCGCCGCCACACACUUCGUUUGGCAAACUCAAUAUGGUCAUCUCUUGUUUACUAUGUAGGGCAAAGUGCAGACAGCCUUCACCCUGUCUCAGCGUCUGGCAGAAUCACAGUUGCAGUUUGGUGGUUUGCCAUCUUGAUUAUUGUUUCAACCUAUACUGCAAAUCUAGCUGCUUUUCUAACCAUUAAAAGGUUUUCAUCUCCAAUAAACAGUAUCGAAGAUUUAGCUGGUCAAACCUUGAUACCCUAUGGUACUGUUGGUAACAGUCAACCGCAGGCUUUUUUUGAGUCUUCAACCAUUCCAAGUUUUGUAACUAUGUGGCAGUACAUGAAGUACCACCACACUUUAGUAAAGAACAGUCAUGAAGGUAUUGAUAAAGUAAAGGGAAGCAAUUACGCAUUCAUAUGGGAUUCUAUUAUUCUGCAACAUACACUGCAUACUGUUGAAUGUGGGACUCUCACUACCAUUGGCACCUUGUUUGGCAAAAUAGGCUACGGAAUAGGCUUGCCGAAAAACUCCCCUUGCACUAAACAGCUGAGUCAAGCCAUCCUAGAACUGCGUCAUAGUGGCUUUUUAGACAGUUUAGAGCAAAAGUGGUUGCACGCUCAUGGAGAAUGCAAAGAAGAGCAUGUUGGUGUUGAUUCUGGUACACAGCUGGGCUUGGCAGACAUGGCGGGAGUGUUUAUAAUUAUCUGCGUUGGUGUUGGACUCAGUUUUAUCGUCCUUGUUGUCGAAUGGCUAGUAGCAUCGUACGCAAGUACAAAGGAACACGAUCCCGAUGCACCUAAAACCCUUUGGAACUCGCUUCAGACCAGACGGCGAAAUACUUGGCAUGACUGGAGAAACCGGGACGACGUGCCCGAAAUGCCUCGGCUUAUCAGUUCUCUCGCAUUGGGGAGAAUGGGUCGAAUUCUGGCGCAGAUUGCGGGAUUCAGGGAAAGAAUAAGAGGGAGAAAAGUAUGGCCCGAGAAAAUCGUGAUGGAGGCUAAACCUGAGGAUGAGAGUGAAGAAAGUGAAAACGAGAAUGAUGAUCCUGAAUUAGAGCAAGAAGAAAUUAUAGAUUUUCAGCCAUGACUGAAUCAUAUUCAUCCUUUCCUCGAACUACCAAACUGACUGACCAAUCUAAUAAAGUUCCUCGUUAAUAUCAAAGUGCCAUUUUUUUGCUUGUGUUUGCAUAUCAUUAAUACGUUACCAGGUAAUUUUAUUCCAGCUGGAUUAGAUAAUUUGAGUUUCUCAGGCGUGAGGCAAAAAAGGUAUGACUGAUCCCCAACUGAUGAAAAUCAAUUGUGCAAAUUCCUCCAAUAAAAUAUUAACCUUUUCCAGACAAAAAUUCCAUAAAGACGAAUCUGUUUUCUAGCAACAUCGGCUGUAAUCCCUGAAAUAAAUGAAAGUGAAAUAUUCAUAUGAUGGGAAAAAACUAGGGACCAAACAUAAAUGUAAAGAGACAAGGCAUCUUAGUAAAUCCAAAAUCAAUUCGUUUUUAGAAUACACGUAUUGCUAAAAUGAACUGUUCCAAAUGAAUCCAUCGUAAAUCAAUGCACAGAUGUAGAAAUGAUAGCUCGGCGGCAAAUGAGAGCGUUAAGGACCAAACGCGACUUCGAUCGUUGCUUAAUUCUCCACUCUACCAUUGGUCAAGCUCGUUUUCAGAUCUGCGCGCGCCUCCGUUACUGCCGUCGCGUUUUCAUUUCUCACUCUGUCAAUUGUCACUUUUAGGAGUCCACAAAAAUUUUUCUGAAGAAAGCACUACAAGUGUUAUUGCUUCGCUUUAUGUCCUUGCACGCAAAGAAACUUGUGAGUAAAGGAAACAAGAAGGUAAAUUUGCCAAACCUUAGAAGACACAUGAUUUAUGUUUUCAUUAGCCUAUUGGGUGUUGUAAUCAGUUGGUCAUGUGGUUGACGAUGACGUCGCUGAUUUUCUUGACAGAUGGCGCGAGAGAUCAGGUGGCCAUUUUCAUAACCAGUUGUAUGGUUAAUGACGCGUUACUUACGUCAUUAAUGACGUUAGCAUGAAGUCAUAAUAUUUAAGGCCGAAUGUUGUCACAAUUAGAGUUCAUGACCUUUAAGGUCAGUUAAUACAUUUAGGACUUUAUAACAUUUAAGACCAGUUCACAUUUAGGCCUUUCUACAACAGGUUCCAAAAUCUUAUACUGAUACAAAGUCAUUAUAUAGAUAAUGAUUAAUCAAGUAAAAUAUUCGACAGUUGCAUUAUAUUACUUAGUAUUAAGAGUAGACACUGGCAAUGAUUUAAAGCUUCAAUUUCAUUAUUCUAUUAAAUAAUAAAAUAAGGACAAUGUUAAAGAUAUAAGUUAAUUUAAAAUUAAAUCCAGUACUAUAGUAAUAAAAAAGCAUCACAAUAAGAAUAAAAAUAAUAAUAAUUUAACUCAUUGCAUAAAAAGUGUUUAGUGAGCUUAAAGAGAUCCAAAAAUACUGACAGUUGUGAGUAGAUACCGCUGUCUAAUAUUCAAAAGACUAAGAAUUAAUUAGACAGAGUGAUUCUCAGCUGGAGCCACUGAUCUCUUCACACCUCUUGAAUGCAAUUUUCCUUGGCACACUGUGUGGCUAUUUUGCUUUUAUUUCACUGUAGGUCACAGUUUGGUACCAGUUUAUGCUUUUUGAAAACGCAAUGUUUCGCGGAGAUCGAUCAAGAUUUCUUGUAUCGCUAAGAAAUUAAAGAGCCUGAUCGUAUUGUAAAAAAACAACCUUUCAUAAUAAAAGCUGACAAAGUACAGAUAAUUCUAUCAUACGACAAUGACAGUGUAAAAAACGUAGGGCUAGCCAGGUUAGGUGAAAAUGGAGACACAUUCACAAACAAAAACGAUAACAACUCAGAACAUCUGAGUCCGCAUCAUUAAAAUUUUAACAGGGUCGGUGUGCCUUUGAAGCGCGGUGAAGCAAAUAGGACUGGGAUUUAUUACCGUUUGUUUUUCGAUAGUGUACGAGACAAGCUGUCAAAGAAGACAUUGAUUAAAUUCUAGCCGGAUUGAAUUUAUACUUGGAAUCAAACACGGUUGGAACUAAAGGUAACCAUUGCAUGCUGUUAAUUGAGUUACGAAUUGAAAUGGUACAAAUUGCCAAGCGGAACUGCAAAAAUAACAAUGACAAAAUUUUAAAUUACGGUUUCGAUCGAAAUUAGGUGAAGUAUAACCAACCUCUUGACCACCAUAACUCAAUUCAGUUUAUUUAUCGUUCGCUUUUACAGAGCAAACAGAUGCUUUUUCCCAGUUAGAUUAAAUGGCAAGCUUACUUCUGCCGGCUUUGUUUACCUUAUCUGUUGAAUAUAUAAAAGAGUUUGAUUCGUCUAAGGUGAUUAGUUAUUUGCGGUAAAGCUGUCUGAAAUAUACCUUUCGUUAGAUAUGAUUGGUCGGCCCGCGUAGUGCGUAGAUAGAUCAAGAACCUCUUUCAAAACUGCAGGUCAAUAUUAAACAGCUGAAAAGAUAAGCUAUCCAUUAAAAAAUAUCAGGUACUGCCCAUCAUUUUCUCCAAUCGAACUAAGAAAAACAUAUAAUCUCGCCUGGAAAGACCACCCAGGCAAUUUUCGGCGCUGUUUUAAAGAAAUAUUAUAAUUAUCGUCAGUGUUCGGCGGUGCUUGAAUCAAGAUCUGAGUACAAAUCACACAAAAUGGCUAGCACUAAUGUAAACAGCUCUUCUCGGCCUUGUAAAGAUAUUAACCACACUCUAAAGACGUCCCAUUUUGUCGCCGUAUUCGAGCGUUUUCACGAAAUGAAGACCAAUAUGGAGCUUUGCGACGUUUGUCUGAAAGUUGGAAAUGUUAAAUUUUCGGCGCAUCGUUUAAUUCUCGCAGCAAAUUCACCUUAUUUCCGAAGCAUUUUUAGCGCGGAAAGCUCAGAAUCUAGCAGCCAAGAAAUAUCUCUGCCGAACAGUUUUCGCAACGAAACAGUAAGGUUAAUGUUGGAGUAUUUUUACUCCGGAAAACUACGAGUCAACGAGGAAGAUUGUGAAGAAAUGUUGUCUCUGGCUUACAUGUUGCAGGUUAGAAUAGCCCUGUAAUAGAACUGUGAUAACUGUUUUAUUGUUGAAAUUUUUAAUUCGACAUAAUAUACUUCCUCUUGAACCUUGGUUCCGUUAAAUAUGGUGUCUUUUAUACAGCGCAAUAACAAGAAAUCAAAAAAGAGCAUAUCUUCUCAGAUACCAUUCAGUUAAAAAAAAUCGUAAAUCAUGUUUAGACGCCAAUUAACGGGUGAAAAGUAGUACCCACAUUUAUCAUAUCGCGGAGAUAAUUAGACAGUGGUAGUGCCUUUUUUUAAUAUCGUUUACUAGUUUUUCCUUUUGGUUGGAAAAAGCGUUUAUUUUUCUGUUGGUAUACGUGGCGAGGGGUUAUCUGAAUUUUAAGCAUAUUUUGCUAUUUUUGAGUUUACUGGGCUUUUAGCACUUGAAGUGUCAAAAGCUAGCAACAUACUGACUCCUUUGUGUUUAAGCAUUUAUCACUACGUACAUCAGACAAAAGAUGAUAUAUUGAUGAUGCUUUAAUUUAAGUCCUAAGCCGUAGAGAAUAUCCUUGUCAUUUUAAUCAAGAGCUUUCCUUUCCACAAUCAUUUAUUCUUCAAUUUUACUUUAUAUUUGCAGCCAGUUUACAGCUCAUUUCUGAAAUGGACGUGCUCCUAUUUAAGCGGCCUCGUGGCUUACCUGUGAGAAUCUCGUUUCUGAUAAAUGUUAUUCGUUUCAGAUAAGGCUUUAGUUGCUACUAUAGAAAAUGAGUCGGUCUAGUCGGCUUAAUUUUUUCUCUUGCUAAAAUACAGCCCCAAUAUCUCAAAAUGUUUAUAUUUCGAAAUAUACGUAUGGUACCGUAAUACAAAAUGGUGUGUUAUUUAAUUGCUAAUUGACUCGUUUGUCACCUCAAAAAUGUUAAAAUCAUCUUUGCUUACAAUAGAAAAUGAUUUAAAAGAAUCGCCCCUCCCCUUUAAUUGUCCUUUUUAUCCAGGGUUAGUUUUAAACCUCUUUUUUGGUCUAAAAUAGCGAAAUAAGUAUAUCGAGAUAAGCUUCAAUAGAAAGAAGAUAUGAUGAAAUAUCAAAUAGUGUUUAAAGUUUGAAUAACUCUGUGAAGUCCUUUAAAAUGGCCCAAGAGAGGGAAACAUACCAUUUCUCGCAGACCACGAAGUGAAAAGAUCAAAUCAAGUAAACUUUGUAGGAAUAAAUUAAAUGAACAAUGUCACAGUGAAAGUAAAGUAAAACGCGAAACUUUCUGAAUCACAGUAAGAAAAACCCAGCCAUAUGUCCUUUGUCAGUAAAUACUUUUUUUUUUUCCUCAUAUCCUAGGUAAACAAAAUCGUUGAAGAGAUUCAGGAGUUCAUUGUGGAAAAUCUCUGUGUAUCAAACUGUCUAAAGUUUCAACGUUUGGCUCAUAAGCUGCAACUAACCGACCUCAAGAUAAAAAUCGGCCGCUUUGUGGAUUGGAAUUUCAAGAACCUGUUGAAAGAGCCUGAUUUUAUGGAGAUGUCCGCUGAACAUCUCAUUGAAGUUAUCAAAAGCGAAAAUCUAAGAGUUAAACGUGAGGAGACCGUGUACGAAGCAAUUUAUAGAUGGUUUAGACAGGACGUAAACGUAAGGUAGGCACUGUUAAUUUCCUGUUAUUAGAUUUUAUACUCAUCCCUCCAUUGAUUGUAACCUGUAUCUGCGAAAGAUAACGGAAAAAAGAUGACGGCUAUAUCUAUGUUGUGGUUCAAUUUUAUACUUGGUUUAAAUUUUAUUUUCCUUUGUUUCAAACUUAUUAUCAUAUAUAACCAUACCCCAAAACAAAGGAAAUUAAAAUUUAAACCGAGGAUAAAAUUGAACCACAACAUCUACGUUGUAGUCAUCUCGUCACGGCGUCAUAUAUUAUGAUAAACUGUAAGUGGAAAGUCGAAUUGUAAAUGAAAGUCGAAGGCACAAUCGUACGUUAAUCAAAUUUCUUCUCUUCAUUGUUUUUCAUCAGGACAAGCAAUGCUGAGAGUGUUUUUAAGGAAGUCCGUUUUCACCAAAUUCCCUCAAAAUAUCUCACUAAAGAAAUCGUCCCAAAUCUUUGUGAAAAGUAUGGAAUUUGUGUAGAACAAGUAAGAAAGGCGUUGGAACAGCAAACGGAAGGAGAGAAUGGUCUUGUGUCGAAAACCGACUUUGCGAGGAAACCCGAAGACGUCUUGUAUGUAAUCAGUAACAGGACCAGUCUGGUCGAGCGAUAUGAUACAGUGAAGAGUGCAUGUGUAAGGUGUGAUGAAAUGUCACCAGUGGAGCAUGGGGAAAGCUUAAGUGAGAAUCGCUGUGCACUGGUAGUUGGUCAAGAUCUUUACUGUGUGUCCUCCACCAAAGUUGAAAAGUUUAACGUUCUAGAGCUUUGCUGGACACGUGUGGCAGAAGGUAUGAACUAACCACUAUUAUUAAAAACUGAAUCAUUGGGUAAUGCAGUUUUACAGCUGUGGUUGGCUUAGCCAUCAUGGUAUAUUUAACAAUUAUUCCUCGAGAGCGAAUGGGCUCUUAGUCAAUAGCCCAUUUGGCCUUCGCCCUCAUGGGCUAUUGACUCGGAGGCCAAGAGGGCGAGAGGAAUAAUUGUUUUAGUAAAAUCCAACUAGUUGGUCAAAAAUAUCGAGACAAAACAACUUUAGCUACCAAAACGAGAUUCAGCCGCCAUCGUUUUGGUUUUCAAAGCCGGCGCUUUUCGCUACUAGUAGGCUAUAACAUAUAGCCUAGUAGUAGCUCAACCAAUCAGAGUACAGCAUUGAUAAUAGACCACUAGUUGGAUUUUACUAAAAGUCGUAUAGUAACCGAAGGCGUCUGCUCACAAUUAAAAACAAGCUGAAAAUCGGUGGUUUGUACAAGUAAAGUCGAGAAGAAUCCUCGAUAUUUUGUGGGCGUUUUUAGUAAAACAAUUAUUCCACUCGCGCUUGUUGGAUAUGAGAUGAUUAUAGCCAACUCGGGGUAACGCGCCUCGUUGGCGAUCCACCACCUCAUAUCCAACAAGCGCUCGGGGAACAAUUGUUAAAUAGUUGACCGGCGAUGUUUAACCUUACAAACCAAACCAACUUGACUGAUGUUAUUUAAAGAGGGCGUGACACUUGAUAGUUUUAAGAGCUGAUAACCCUGCAUCCAAAAAAAAAAUCUCUCAGAACAACCGGAGAAAAUCAGAAGAAAGCGCACAAUGUCAUAUGGUAUAACCUUUAGCUCUAAAUUAGAACGUAAUCACACAACUGACGCUUGUAUAUUACCAACGCCCUGUGGUCUCUCCGCUAAUUAGUUUUAGUUUCCCUUUGAAUUGUGUGAAAAAAUUGGUUAACUUAUUUUCUUUUUUUCUGCUUUUGUUUUUUGUAUUAUGUUUUGUUUUUUCUGUUUUUUGAGCGUGUUUUUGUUUUUUUGUUUUUUUUUUGUUGUUGUUUUUUUUUUUGCAAAAGCGAGAAAGAGGCGAGCGGUUAGAGCGCUGGACUUGUAAUCCGGAGCCCCGCGUUCAAGUCCCGUCCUGACCGCCAGCUGGAUUUGUUCCGUUAGUUCCAAAUUCAUAUCCUCGGCCACGCUUGUAAAUAGCCAACUGGUUCGCCUCCUACCAGUUGAGAUUCUAAAACUUGUAGUGUUACAUUUGAAUUAUUUGUUUGAAAAGCCUUAUUAGGUGAGAGGAUAAUUCAGUAUUCUAUUUUUUGUAAGGUGAUGGUAAAGUUAUUAAUUACAGGAUCAGGCUCUCCUAUUUUCUCGAAAGAAGCCUCUUAUACUGUGAUUACUAGAGUACGGCAAGCCAUGAAACCUUAAGUGGCUUUUCUCUUUCCUGUUUUGUUGUUAAUGUCUACGUCACUGAGGCAAUCCCCGUACUAAUUUGUUAUUCCGUUUUAAAGAAAUCGAGACUGAUUCCAAAAGCUCAACCGACACGAAUGAUUGGGUGAAUUAAAAUCGGUCUCGGAUCCAGUAAAAGUAAUUAUCCGUCAACAGGCCUGAGCAGUUAGGGGGUCUAAGAUUAUAUAGCAUGUCGAUUUUAUGUAAAAAAGCGUGUCAGUUUCUUAAGUUGUGCAUGUCUUAGUACAGGUCUCGUGUAAUGCGAUCGUACUUCUUACAGACAAGUCGGUCUUCGCAAACUAACGAUUUUUCCUCGUAAAAAAUUGAUUUGACUUUACCCAGGGGUAGAUGUUCAAGGCUCCAACAUAUGUGCAGGAAAAGACUGUAUUUAUGUGGUAGGAGGACGGCACAAAGAGAACGGUGUUUGCAGGCUGGAUCUAGAGACAUUGGAGUGGGUGGAUCAGCCUGAAAUGACCACAGGACGGAGAAGCCCAGGUAUCUGACAUUGGCUGUGUGGUAGGAAAGUGGCACAGGACACUCUAUUUUAGUCUUCGCUGUUCAGCUUUGCGGAGAAAAUUCACUGCCGGUGAUGUCAUAACCUCUUUUCAACUAUUCAGGGGCACUGAACCUCAAUGUUGUUGUGCAUGGGGACUUUGAUAUUCCGCUCACAGUGCUUGCGUGCGACCCGCCCCUCCGUUACCACAAUUCAAACUCAGUUUUACCUUUCCAUUCCCUCAACACAACGCAAUUGGGUAUUUGUCCAUUUGUCGAUUUCAUGUUUCACAGCAGUCUCCUCAAACCAUUCUAGGGCUGGGUUUCAGUUCUCGUGCCCCUCAUUAUGUCCUAGAAAAGCUAAAUUAGAACCUUAAAAAGUUUAUAAUUCAAUUAAACGUAUUGAACGAUGUGCUGAUGAAGUUCUUUUACACCUUUUUGCAGGUGUGGCUUUCUUGACCGGAAAGUUGUAUGUUAUUGGAGGCCAUAGUCCUGACGGACCUUUAGUAACUACUGAACGUUUUGACACAAAACAACAGAAGUGGGUCACUUUGAAGUCCCUAAGCAUGGCUCGUUUUCAGCUAGGAGCCUGCGCGGUGGACGGACUUGUGUACGCAAUAGGUGGCAGAAACAACGAGAGGAGCCUGGAUACUGUAGAAGUGUACGACCCCAAGGCCAAGUCAUGGACGCUUUUAAAUGAGAAGAUGGCCGAGCCUCGGAAUGAUUUCGGACUAGUGGUUAGAAAUCACGAAAUUUACUGUGUAGGAGGCCGAGGAGUAAACUCCAUCGAGUCCUUUGAUGUCGUGGCAAAGAAAUGGAGAAAUGCUGGAUCAACUGGAGAAAAUAACUUUAGUAUAAGCUGUGUGUUUUAUCCACCGAUGCAGUAG